AAUCUAACAUGGUGCAUGUAUGUAAAUUUGAUUGUUUCUGAUUUUUUGGAUUUUUUCUGAUGAAUUUAUAGGGCAUGGACCAGAAAUUGGUCUUGUGAUUUCUUCAGGAGAAUGAAAAGGAUUUGAUGAGUAAUCUUUCAUUAUAUAAUAAUAUUAAUGGAGAAAAGAAUAGUUAGAAGGUUUCUUAAUGUGAUGGUGAGAGAAGAGAAAGGUAUGAAGCCUAUUCUACUCAAAUGCGGUUUGGCUUUGGCUCUUACAUUUGCUGGUUUUCUCUACUCUCACUUUAGAACUAGAAGGAUCAAGCCUUCACCUGCUAAUUCCUCCAUAGGGCACCAUUCAGUUAAUUCAGGAGGUAUAAGAACAGCAUCAAGUUCUUGCAACAAUCUUUCAGAAGGAUAUAAUUUGGAUUCUGAAGAAACAUGCAUCAACAAGGCGGUUGGUAGAAAUUCUCCAAUUGGUGUCUCUCCAAUAAUAAAACAAACAGGAGAGAAAGAUGAGUUCAUCCUCCUCCCUGAAUUCAAUGAAACAGAGUUUGGAGCCAGUAGUACUGUUGCAGGAAAUUCUUGUAAAAAAGAUGUAGAAACACCAAGGUCAAGAGUAGAAUCUCCUGCAGUAUAUGCAAGUCCUGAAAAAGAUGACUAUGAGCAAGAGGUAAGGCAACUUAGGAACAUGAUAAGAAUGCUUCAAGAGAGGGAAAGAAGUCUUGAGGUUCAACUUCUUGAAUACUGUGGUUUAAGAGAACAAGAAACUGUUGUAAUGGAGCUUCAAAACAGGUUGAAGAUAAGUAGUAUGGAGGCAAAGAUGUUCAAUCUAAAAGUUGCGACAUUACAGUCUGAUAAUAGGAGAUUAGAGGCACAGGUUUCUGGUCAUGCAAAGGUGUUGGCUGAACUUGAGGCUGCAAAAACAAAAGUGAAAUUUCUGAAGAGGAAAAUCAGGUAUGAAGCUGAACAGAAUAGGGAGCAUAUAAUGAAUCUUAAACAAAAAGUUUCCAAGUUGCAGGAAAUUGAAUCCAAAUCUGCUGCUUGUGAUGAAGAAAUUCAAAUGAAGCUAAAAAGGCUUAAUGAUCUUGAAGCUGAGGUUGAACAGUGGAGGAAAUCUAAUUUGAGAUUGCAGAAGGAUAAUUCUGACUUAGCUAGAAGAUUGGAUUCUACUCAAAUCCUUGCAAAUGCUGUUCUUGAAGAUCCAGAAGCAGAUGCUCUAAGGGAAGAAAGCAACAGUCUUAGGCGAGAAAACGAAGGCUUGAUGAAAGAAAUUGAGCAACUACAAGCUGAUAGGUGCACAGAUCUUGAAGAGCUAGUUUAUUUAAGGUGGAUAAAUGCUUGUUUGAGACAUGAAUUAAGACAUUAUCAACCUCCAACUGGUAAAACAGUUGCAAGGGACUUAAGCAAAAGCUUAAGUCCCUCUUCUGAGAAAAAAGCUAAACAGCUUAUACUUGAAUAUGCAAAUAAUGGUGAAGGGAGAACUAGCAUUUCUGAUUUUGAUUCUGAUCAAUGGUCCUCUUCACAAGCUUCUUAUAUAACAGAUUGUGAUGAGUAUUCUCCUCUUGGUAAUCCCUCGAACACACGAGACGCGCGAGACGUACGAGUUAAUACGACAAACAAGUCUAAGAUCUUUGGAAAACUUAUGAAGCUUAUGAGAGGCAAAGACAGUAGUAGUAAUCAACAAAAUAGUAGAGCUAGAUCUUUAGAAAAAUUUGGUUCAAGAGAAGAUAGUAUUAGCAAUUCAUCACAUUUUAGCUUGAGUAUGUCGGCUCGACAUGAUUCUGGAGCUGAGGGUCUUAGGAGUGAGUAUGAAACUCCGACCGAUGCGUCUAGAACUUCUCUUGAUUUCAACGGAACCUUGAGUUUGAAGGAAGAGAGUAGAAGAAACUCAGAUGUUGGAAGCUCAAAGAAUUUCAGUCCAAGCAAAAGUGGUUCAGGAGAUUUGAAAAUCACUGCUCAUUCUUUCUCAGAUUCUUAUAGUGCAGAGAAAGCUAAUUUGAUCAAAUACGCCGAAGCUUUAAAAGAAUCUAGUGGAACUCCCAAACAUACUGUACAUAGAAGAGCAGCAUCAUAUAGUUCUUUUUAAUUUAAUAGCUAUAUAGAACAGUAGUAGCCAAACUUGAUUCAUCAGCAAGUGUAAUAAAUAAGGAUGCAUUUGAAAUCAGUUUGUUAGCAUUCAUAAAUAAUAAUUCAGUUCAGAGUUUUGCAAUA